AUGGAGAAGAUGGUCCUAUACCUGGGAACCCCGACAAGAUACUUAUCUACGAGCUGCCCAGAUUGGUUCCUGCUUUGCCUUUGGAUGCGGGUUUGUGUUAUUAGUGCUCAUCGUCUUUCGACAAUUCUGUUCUUGUCCCCUACCUUGUUCCGAAUUCAUGAUGGACGUCUGUUGCUUGGCCAUUCAAGUUGCGGUUUGGCAAUGGUUUAUUUGUUGUGGACGUCAGACGGAUGCUCCUACUUGGAAUGUGACAUUGGAGCUGGAAGUUGGUUCCUCAUUGUGGCCCAAGUCUUCUGGAUGAUUGCUGGCUUUUUCACCAAGUCCAUGCGACCGAAUGCCUUUCAACGAAAGAAAAAGAUGAUGGAAGAGGAAGCCAAGAAACAACAAGAAGGGAAACGGGUUGUUCGAUUCAAUUCUACUACUACAGCCCGACCCAAACGAGCAUCCAUGCUGGCUCGGAUUUCACAAGAGGAACGGACGAAGAAGAUUAAUAUGGAACUGAUACCAUUUUUUUGUGAGUAUAGCGAUAAUGAUUCUACUGAUUUAUCUGGCACUCCGAGCAUGAAAGGAAAGAGAGAACGAAAGAGAGACACAAGCAAAUAA